AUGCAUAAAUGGCAUAAAUAUAUUCGAGUGCAUACGCCUUUAAAAUUAGUAAUCAUUACAAGAGCACAAAAAUCAACAUUAACAACAGAUACAAAAACGUCAUCAUCAAAAGAGAUAUCACCAACAUUUCUAGAACGUAUAUCAAAUAGCUUUAAUAUAGUUAAAUCUUCAAUAUUUAAAGAAAAAAAUUCUAGUAAAGACAACGACAAAUUAAAAGAAAUUUUCGGGGGGGGAUCAGCAGUGUCAAAAAAUUUUAUUAAUAGAACAGAUACAUGGAAUCAAGCAAUAGCAGAAGCGGAAAAAUUAGUUCAAGAUGGAAAAAAAGAAACUAAAUAUAUUGAUCCAAUUAAACUUGUAGGUAAAGAUUUACUAUAUCUAACAAAAAACAUUAAAAGGCUAAUAGGAAGCGGACAUCCGUUAUUAAACACUAUAAGUGAAUAUUAUUUUUCUUCUGAAGGAAAACAUAUUAGACCCUUAAUUGUAUUAUUAAUGUCACAAGCAACAAGCAUUGCCCCAAAACAAUAUAAUGCUGCUUACACAGAACAUUUUCAAACAAUGGAUAAACCAUUAUCAACAUCAUCAUUAUUUGAAACACUAAAUAGUAAAGACACUUCUUCAACUCUAUAUUAUCCAUCAUUUUCUUCAACAGGUGUAAUAAUCCUUCCAACUCAAAGAAGAUUAGCAGAAAUUAUAGAAAUGAUUCACACAGCAUCGUUAUUCCAUGAUGACGUAAUUGAUGAAUCAGAAGCAAGACGUAAUAAUCCUUCUGCUAAUAUAAGUUUUGGUAAUAAAAUGGCAAUACUUGCAGGAGAUUUUUUAUUAGCUAGAGCAUCAGUUGCGUUAGCCCGUUUGCGUAACCCGGAAGUUAUUGAGUUAUUAGCUACCGCUAUUGCUAAUUUAGUUGAAGGUGAAUUUAUGCAGCUUAAAAAUGUACCUUCUAAAGGUACAGCUACCUUUGAAUAUUAUAUGGAAAAAACUUAUAUGAAAACUGCUAGUUUAAUGGCAAAAGGUUGUCGUGCCGCUUCAGUAUUAGGUGGUUCUACUCAAGAAGUAUCAGAAAUUGCUUAUACUUAUGGUAGAAAUAUUGGUUUAGCUUUUCAACUGGUAGACGAUAUGUUAGAUUUUAUUGUUAGUUCAAAAGAACUAGGUAAACCUGCUGGAGCUGAUUUAAGACUAGGUUUAGCUACAGCUCCUGUAUUAUAUGCAUGGGAGGAAUAUCCCGAAUUAGGUCCAUUAAUAAAACGUAAAUUCUCUCAAGAAGGAGAUGUAAAAAAAGCGAGUGAAUUAGUUUAUCAAAGUAAUGGAAUAGAACAAACAAAAUUAUUAGCCGCUUCACAUUGUCAAACAGCUAUUAAUGCUAUAUUAAAAUUACCCGAAUCCGAUGCUCGUAAUGCUUUGAUUCAAUUAUCACAAAAAAUAUUAACGAGAAAAAAAUGA